UUGUUUGCCUAGCUGGACUUCAGUGUUACUUGAGUGCAAUAUCUUCAUCCCUAUUACCGUCACGGUCACUAAGUACAGUCAAAUCACUUGUUUUAUCAUGGCUACUCGCAGCGCACGCUGGCACAACGCUCUCAAGCUCGCUCUGCGAAACGAAGAAGGCAUGAAAGAUGUCUUUCAGCUCGCAACCACCGACUUCAACAACGCUACUCCACACGUUCGUUGCCAUGUCCUCAGGGGCCACAUCAUCCAUCCAUCCCUGCCUUCUCUACCCCUACUCCUCACAACCACAGACAUCCGUACUCCAAAGGUUGCUCAGAUCAAAUCCAACCCCAGCCAUCGCGUAGAAGCACAUUUCUGGAUCAAAGCCACGAACGAGCAAUUCCGCGUCUCUGGACAUGCGGCUAUCUACCCCUCACCCGAACUUCAGGAGAACAAAGGAAUCGAGGGUGUGGGAGAGGUGUAUGAUGCAUUCCGGAGUCAGGGGUGGGACUGGGAGGACGAGCGACGGAGGCAAUUUGAUAGUGUCGGUGCGCACAUGCGCGCAUCCUGGUGCCGACCUAUUCCGGGUUCCCCCAUGGACUCUUAUAGCGAUGCUGAAAAGUGGCCUGUCACAGUUGCGAAACCCGGAGAGGAAGGGUAUGACGCUAAGAAUUACGAGGAAGCCCGCGGAAACUUUGCAUUACUUCUGAUCGAUCCCAUUGAAGUUGACUAUAUCGAACUUGGAGUUAUGCCUAACCGGAGGACAAAGUUCGUUAGACAGGAAUCAGAUGACGAGAGAUGGAAGGAGGUGAUAUUGGUCCCAUAGUCUCCAUUAGACCUUACAGGACGUCAACCUAUGAGACUCGGGAAGCAGAAGGCACUGUUACAAAAGAAACUCCAGAAUUAUAGAGCGUCCAGCACAACAUAUAUAAUACCAUUACAAGCACCUGUGAUUUCAAUCGAAAUCAAACACUACAGGUUUAGUACAGCGGAUCUCCCUUAUCGUCCAAUGAGCUUAAUCUCAAGUGCACGCAGCGGAAGAUAAGAAACAGCUGAGAAAGCAGCUGCGAGCUAUAUGCAAACUUUGUGAGCGCGUGUUCAAUCAGGGAAAGAAUCAAUCAUACCUCGAACCCAAGAUCAGCGCCGUACGCCGCUCCUGCCAUCUUCCCAAGCGGUCCCGUAUACCAUACCUACGAACGAGGAGAUAUAUCAGUGUACGAGGCUAGGGCAGGGAAAUGACAUACCUCUG